GUGGCCAGUGUGGACCAGAGAGCUGGCGUAAGCGCGUCGCUUCGAACAAGAUGUCCAAAAUGAAGACGGAGUUCGUGGUUCUGGUCUUCGCCUUUGUGUUCGCAGGACAUGUCUUAUGCGGUGAUAUGGACCAGGCACUGAGCGAAGGUGCUGGUCGCAAGGAACCCAGUCUGGACGUGGACAGUGGUAAGCUGGCACCGGAGCUACAACCCUCGUCUCAAAAGACCGAGGGUGGCGAGAGCGAGGCCAAGACGGUGGAGGCCAAUGAGGCGGAGGCCAAGGCGGAAGUCGGUGAGCAGCAGGGAGACGAGAGUGUGCAAGUGGAGACGGAGGACGACGAGGCCAAGGAGAGCGCGGCCGAAGAGGAAGAACAGCCCAAGAAGCCAAAGUUCGAGCAGGACACAGCUCCCACACUCACCGAUGUCGACAUCGAGGCCAUGGGCGUCACCGUAGAGAAGAACGUGUUCAAGCUCAACAUCUCCAACUUCUACCAGGUGGUCAACAACACGCGGUACAUGCUCAUCAACUUCUACGCGCCCUGGUGCGAGCACUGCGUAAAGAUGGAGCCCGAGUACGCGCGGGCGGCCCUCACGCUUCGGCGACGAGACCCGCAGGUAAUUCUGGCCAAGGUCGACACCACGGUCGAGCAGAAGCUGUCCAACCGCUUCGGCGUCAAUAAGUACCCGACGCUGUUCUUCUCGCACCGCGGAAACACCAGCGAGUACGAGAACACCUUCUCGGCCGAAGGUAUCGUAGACGCGAUGGCGGAGAAAACUGAUCCCAUGUUCGAACCUCCCCCGGAGGCGACGCUGGAACUGACCGCAGUGAACUUCACGUUGACCAUCAACAAUGCCAAGCUGAUUCUCAUCUACUUCUAUGCUCCAUGGUGCGGCCACUGCCGCCGCAUGUCGCCCGAGUUCGAGCGAGCGGCGCGGCGCCUGAAGGAGUACAACAUCCCCCUGGGCAAGGUGGACGCCACCAAGGAGAAGAGCCUGGCCGAGGUCAACGAGGUGCGCAGCUACCCGACACUGCUGCUGUACCGACGCGGACGCCGCUUCGAGUACAACGGUCCGCGCGAGGAGACCGGCAUCGUGAACCACAUGCUCAACCUGUCCCAGUACCCCAGCAAGGAGGUCAGCUCGCUGAAGCAGUUCAAGAAGGCCAUCCACCCCAUCACCAUCACCGUGCUCGCAGUGUUCAGCAAGUCUCGCGGACCCUUCUACAAAGAGUUCGAGGCUGCAGCGAACAACCUGCGCGGUCGGCACACCUUCUACCACACCUACUCGAUGGAGCUGGCCAAGCACUACAAGGUGACCGAGAACUCGCUCGUGCUCUUCCACCCCGAGAUCCUGCAGUCCCAGUACGAGGAGCCCUACUACACCUUCAGCAGGCCCGACGCGACUCAGGUGCACAUGGAGCGAUUCAUGGAGGAGCACCUGUUUCCGCUGGUCGGCUUCCGGGACGUGGCCAACCUCUGGAAGUACAUCAACAAGUACCCCCUGGUUGUCGUCUUCUACGACGUAGACUUUGGCUUCGACAACAAGGAAGAGACACAGCGCAUCCGGCACAAGGUUCUGAAGGUUGCCCAGCAGUACAAGGGCCGCGUGCUGUUCGCCGUGUCGCACGAGACUGACUUCGAGGACGACCUGAAGAGCCUCGGCCUGGAGGACAGCGGCGCCGAGGUCAACGUCGGCAUGUGGAUGUCCGAGCGCGAGCGCUACCGCAUGGCGCCAGUGGACGACUUCAAGAGCGCCAACCUGCGCAACUUUGUCGAGUCCGUGCUCCAGGGCACGCUGAAGCAGUAUGUACGGUCCCAGACAGCCCCGCGCGAACAGACGCGUGACGUGCUCACUGUGGUGGGCAGCACGUUCGAGGAGCUGGUCAUGGCCUCUGACAAGGACACGCUGAUCAUGUUCCGCGGCCCGGACUGCCACAUGUGCGACGAGCUGGUCGAGGAGCUCGAACUCUGCUACAACCGCAUCGACUACCAGGCGCCCGACCGCUUCCAGUCGGCCAUCAUCGACGCCACACAAAACGACUUCCCGGGUAUCUUCAAGGUCGAUGACUUCCCUACCAUCUACUUCGUAUCAGCUAAGGACAAGAUGCACCCCAAGUUGUUCCAGGGCAUCCGCAAGGCUUUCGGACUGAUCAAGUUCGUCAAGGAAAACUUCUCCUACGAUAUCCCCGACCGCUCGGACUUCAGCGUGUUCCCCGCCUUCAAGCGGCCCAAGCCGCCCAAGGACGACAAAGCCAAGGACGACAAAGCCAAGGACGAGAAAAGCGACACUUCCGCUAAGCCAAAGGAAGAGCUGUAGCCUUUUCUUUUUUCAUUUCUCACCCUUGUUCUCACAUUCUCAUUUCUGCCACCCCGCACCUCCCUCCCCAAUAUAUAAAAAAAGGCAUCUUGUUGCAUCAUCACAACCAAACAUUUUUUUUUUCAUGCAGAAUGUUCAAUAAAUGCUCUGU